CUCGUUGCCGUGGCGACCGCAGUUUGCCGGGGCCUGCGCUCCAUCAGCCGGGCCUGGCCUACCUGAGCGCGGGUGGCCGGGCAUGGAGUACACCGGCAGCUACUACCGAGGGGAGCGCGUCAAUGGCAGGUUGGAGGGCAAGGGCUCUUACACCCUCCCAACAGAAACGAAGUAUGUAGGCGAAAUGAAAGAUGGGAUGUUUCACGGCAAAGGUGUUUUGCACUUCCCUGGAGGAAGCAAAUAUGAAGGGACUUGGGAAAAUGGAAUAUCCAUAGAGGGGAAAUAUACUUUUGCAGAUGGACUGGAGUAUGAAGACAACAAAUGGCAUUAUUGUGAUGGCUAUGACAGAAGGUUUUAUACAGAGAUCUGCAAAGGCCUGAAGCCAGCAGGCAUUUCCCAGCUUACAAACCUGGAUCCUCCUCGGGUCAUCCCACCAGGCUGCUACGACUGUGGUGACGGCUUCUAUAACCCCAAAACCAGAGUGGUUGUUGAUUACCACCUCCGGUUUCUGAGGAAUGCAGAUCAUGUGUGCAGGAAUAUCAGACUCAGUGGAAGGCAAGUCUGGCCCAAAACAUUUUGGCACCUGAGGUGAACCACAAAAUGGCAU